GGUACUUUUGCGUGAAGACUUCCCAUUUUUCUGGAGAUCUCUGUAGAAAAUCUUCAAUCAGAUGUAUGGGAAGCUUAGCGGUCGUUGAUCAUGACUACGUCCGAGCUUCGCUUACGCUCAGGGAAGACGGCCUGACUCAGAGACCUGACAAAGCAUCAAUAGGGAUGAAGUAUAUGUAUGGAUGCAGUGGCUUGGAAAUUUGAAGAGCGUCAUCGUAUACCGCGCCCCAUUGGAAUUUCGCAAGCCGUGAAGCCUCAUAGCUUCAUAUCCUCAUAAUGUCUUCCUCAACCCCCACUCUUGUCAACAUCGGCACUCACUCACUCGCCCUCUACACCCACGGCCCAGAGCCCAUCAGUUCCAAAGAUCCCGUUGUAUUAUUCAUAGCAGGCGUGGAAAGUACCAGUCGCAUUUGGGCGGCUGUGACGCGGUUACUUUCUCCCUCUUUACGCAGCUACAAUUACGACCGGUCUGGCUAUGGCAAUUCCGAGCUCUCGCCUCUCGCACCCACAGCCGAGAACAUUGCGUUAGAACUCUCUUAUCUAAUUAAGAAAGCUUCUAUUUCAAAUCCUCUAGUUCUCGUUGGACAUUCUUGGGCCGGUGUACUGAUAAACGAAUUCAUUGCCCUUACAGGAAAUGGCCCUCAUAUCGCUGGUGUAGUAUUCGUCGAUGCCAAUCACGAGACUGCGCUACAGGUUUUAAAUCCUAAUGAUGCAAAUCUGCAAGCGAUUUCCGAAGGCGUUGACUUCUUUUCUGGUAUUGGUAUCAGAUCGGAGCAUAAGUUCAGCCCCGAAGAAUGGGAUGCAUUCGAUGGCGAGGGAGCAACAGAGAAAUAUUUACUACAGGCAAAGAAAGAGGAAGAUGAAUACGCCCCGAGUUUUGAAACUUUGCUGAAGAAAGAGCUGCGGGGAAAGCAGCCGCUGCUUGGAAACAAACCGGUUUAUGUAAUUGGGGGCCUGAGGAGCAGGGAUUGGAGUGGGUUGUAUAAGGCUGGUGUUGAAAGGGGGAAUGGAACUGAGGAGCAGAGGAUUCAUGUUAGGAACCUGAUCAAAAUUGCCGAUAAGAAGAGCGAGGGGCUCAUGAAGGAACAUUUGAAACUUUCUACGAGGGGAAAGCUCGUGUUUGCUGACGAGAGUGGUCACUUUGUCCUGGUAACUCAGCCGGAUAUGGUUGUAGAUGGAGUGAAGUGGGUCUUGGAUGAACUAAAAAUUUCCUAGAUGGGGAAGAUAAGUAGGGAAGGUUUUAUACUAAUUCAUAUGUGAAUCUACGUAAUUGAGCUGCGCUUUAUGUGUACGAAAAAGGCCGAGGGUGAAGGUCACGUUGAAUCAUGAGUUUUGGAGUCAAAGUCGACUGAUGCAUCUAAACACGAUUAGUUUUUUUUGCAGUGUAAUGUCAGUUGAUUCCUCCACCAAAGACAUUCAACGCCUUAUUCUUUGGUGUGGAAGCCACUAUUGGAACGGCGAAAUGCUUUCCGAAUUAUCAUGAUAGAGGGUUGGGAUGCUUUGAAAGAUGUAAGAAUAUAAGAAUUAGAAGGGCCCUGCGGGAAAGUGCUUUACUGUUGUAUUUGUCUCUAGCUUAAUAGAUUUUGAGGGUCAACUAGACAGAAAGGGUGAAGAACUCGGAGACUUGUGGACAGUAUUCAUGUUAUGCGCGAGUUCUGAAGCGAGAAAAAGCUGCAAAAGUCCAAUGAAGCUAGAAUGCCUGGAAAGAAAGAGUCA